GCAUGGUCUUCUCCCGACCUGGCGGAUGGCAUGGCUGAGCCCGCUAGUGGUUUCGUGAGUCCUACGGGGUGGCUUCCAGCUCCCGAGCUGACUCCUGCGUUAGGGUCCCUAAGUAGCACUGCCCAGCGGCCGGACAACUGGAUGCCCUGGGCUACGCUGCCACCAGCGCCACCGCCCACGUCGUCGUCUACCGCCUCAGUAUCAGAGUCUUCCUCGGAGGCAAAGCCCCCAGUGGAUGCCCAGACUCUCCCAGGAGCGCCACCUCCCUUCGACGCCCAGAUUCUUCCCGGGGCACAGCCCCCCUUCGACGCCCAAUCUCCUGUGGAUUCUCAGGCUCAACUCAAUGGCCAGCCUUCCUGGAAUUUCCAGGCUUCGACAUCGUGGUAUUGGGGACACUCUCCUGGUAUUUUCCCUCAGCAUCAGAUGGCCUACAACCUUCCCGUUAAACAUUCUUAUUUUCCACGAAAAUGUGAGGCAAAGUUCACUGACUUCAACUCACCUCCAUGUAGAAAGCAGAAAAAGAAGAAAAGAAAGGAACCGGUUUUUCACUUUUUUUGUGAUACCUGUGAUCGAGGUUUUAAAAAUCAAGAAAAGUAUGACAAACACAUGUCUGAACAUACAAAAUGUCCUGAAGUAGAUUGCUCUUUUAGUGCACACGAGAAGAUUGUCCAGUUCCAUUGGAAAAAUAUGCACGCUCCUGGGAUGAAGAAGAUCAAGUUAGACACUCCAGAGGAGAUUGCAAGAUGGAGAGAAGAAAGAAGGAAAAACUACCCAACUCUGGCCAAUAUUGAAAGGAAGAAAAAGUUAAAACUUGAAAAGGAAAAGAGUGGAGCAGUAUUGACGACAACACAGUAUGGCAAGAUGAAGGGGAUGGCCAGACAUUCACAUAUGGCAAAGAUCCGAAGUCCUGGGAAACAUCACAGAUGGAAAAAGGGUGGUGCGAGACAGAGAGCGAUCACUGGAGCAGGGAAUGGCUUGCGUGAUUUCAAGCUCAAAGGUCUACCUGAGGGAAAUCCAGAUCCUCUUGGUGUUUUGAUAAACAGUGAUUCUGAGUCUGAUAAGGAGGAGAAACCACAACGUACUGUCAUACCCAAGGAAGUGACACCGGCCCUGUGCUCACUGAUGAGCAGCUAUGGCAAUCUUUCAGGGUCGGAGAGUGAGCCAGAAGAAACUCCCAUUAAGACGGAAGCCGACAUUCAGGCAGAAAACCAGAUUCUUCAUAGCAGUACUCCUCAGAGUCCAAGUCAAGAUGUUAAAGCAACUGUUGGACAUUUCUCAGAAGCCAAGUGUGAGAACCGAAAGAAAAGUUUUAACAAGAUGAACACUAAGAGGAGAAAAGAUUAUCACAACUAUCAGACAUUAUUUGAACCAAGAACACACCAUCCUAAUCUCUUGGAAAUGCUUUUAGCUCCAGACAUUCGGCAUGAAAGAAAUGUGAUUUUGCAGUGUGUUCGGUAUAUCAUCAAAAAAGACUUUUUUGGACUUGAUACUAAUUCUGUGCAAAGUAAAGAAGUAGCCUCUGAUGUUUCAGCACACAUAACUGAAGCAUGUAACACAGUACCGUCUGCAAGUUAGUGGAGGAAAUCAAAAACUAUUUCUUUUUUAAAAAACUGGAUUGUUAAAUUGUAAGCCUCAUAGGAUAUUAUGAUGGAGUCUCAAGUUUUUCCUUUGGUUCUAUGCAAAUAAAUACACAACUGAUUUUUAA